AUGGGCAACUGUGUGAGUCAAGCAGGUCAAAGAGAAUUUUUGAAAAAUUUUCAAAAUGCAGCAAGUAGAGGUGAAACAAGAGUUGGAGGAGCUUUUAUGAGUGAUGAUCCAGAAGCUUUUCAAGUAUUUGUCAAGAAAAGAAACAAAUUUAUUCCAGGAACAUUAAAAGUGACCGAAAAUGAGAUUGUUUUUAUUCGUUCACGAUGUGAAACGUUAAAUUGGCCAUUACAUUUUUUGCGUCGUUAUGGUUUUACAUCGGCUGGAAUUUUCUUUUUCGAAAGUGGGCGACGAUGUAGUAGCGGUGAAGGCCUUCAUACGUUUCAGUCACAUCAAGCUGAAGCUAUUUUUCAGCUCGUACAAUCACGCAUCCAAGAUAAUGCAAAUAUGGGUAUAGCAAUACGUGAAGCUCGUGCGCAAUCAGUUACGGGAAGCUAUCAUAGUGUUCAUAACAUUCCAUCCAGCUAUGCUGGUACACGCAUCCAACCAAUACAACGAUAUUCAAGUGAAG